AUGCUGCAAUUCCCAUCAUCGGAUCUUGCUGUUCGACUGGAUGAUAAAAGUAUUUACCGGCUGAGUCGCAAAUUAAAACAAAAUACUCAAAAUAUUUAUGCACGUUUGAAGUCCAUCGAGGAAGACUCGGAAUUUGUUGAGCUUGUGUUCGGAAUAUACCCCAAUGUUCCAAAAUUUGCCAAUCUACGCUGUGGAUUGUGGUAUCAUGCUCAUUUCGAUUCAACGUGCUAUUUCAAAUCAACGGAUGGACACACCUAUCAUUGGGCCUUCUCGUUGAGCCGACUUAAUUUACAUGUUCUCAAAACAGCCCUUACUUCUCAUUGUGUAAUGCUUGUCGAUUCAACACGCAAAGGAAAAUUAUUCCCUGAUAGUUUUUCUAAAACUGUUCCAAUGUGGUGCUGCCUGAUGAAUCGUGUAUUACAACAUUUAAAAUUUGGAAGAAUGAGUUCAGAUUUGAAAUUGCCCACCUGGGUACAUGAUACUGAAAAAGUUCAAAUCGAAGAACGAAUGCCUGAAUGGAUCGAUUCAGUAUUGAAGAGUGGAAUUGAUUUUACUGAAUUUUUGGAAUUAUACGAGAAACCACUCCAAUGCGUGUGGAUCUCAAGAAGAACUGAUCUCGACUUUGUGGAUUCAUCGUUUAGUCCUGAUGAACUGGAUUUCAUUCCUGUUUUUUUAGUUAGUGUCAGUGAUCCAGAUCAUCCUGUUAAAACAACUAGUUGGGAAUAUAUUCAAGGAGCAGGAGACGAUCACGAAACAUGGUCUUUGGGAUUGACUCCUCAAUUAUUUUGGGAAUUUAAAGAGGACAUACUUUCUCCAAAUGUCCACAAUGGAGAAGAAUGUGAACAAGUUGUGAGGAAAAUACUUGAACAAAUCAGAAAACAAACUUCUCUUUCUAGCAUGCAACACUUGUAUGAUUCAUCAUCGAUAUCCUUGUUGCAUAUUUCAAAAAAUUGUGCUGAUUCGUCUAUAGACAAUGAACUAUUGCCUACGACACGUUUAGGAGCAUGUCCAUUAAUGAUUGGAAAAUUUUCAAAUUUUGAGUCCAUUGAAUUGCUAAAUGCUUACUUUGAAUCUCAUCUAAAAGAAUGUUCGCGAUUUAUUUGCUGUUAUGAUUGCACAAAAGAAGUUUCAUGUGGAAAAUCAUUUUCAAUCAUGGAUAACAAGAAAAACAAGAGAGGUUUGGAAGAUGAAUUGGCCAAUGUUCUGGAAUAUGCUGAAACACAAUUAGAAUCGGGAAAGGAGCUGUAUGUAUUAGGAAGAACAGGAAAGAAUGAAGAAAUAGCAAUCACCAUUGCCAUUUUGUGUAGCAUGUUCACUGAAAACUAUGAGUUCGUGCAAGACAAAACAACUCGAGAGGAAAUGAUGCAUCAUUUCAGUAGCAUUGACAAGCAGUUCAUCAAGAGAAAGUUAAUGUUCAUUCAAUCCUUUGUUCAUGACGCUGCACCUUCUCGAAAUUUAAUCAAGGGACUAAACAGAUACUUUCUUUCGUAA